CCAACAACGUGCACCAGUCUACUCCUUGAAUGCUAGAGGAAAAAUGUUUACUGAUGAUGCCUAUUAUGAAAAACCUGUUUCCUACAGUAAUAGUGAGGAGGUUAGAAGAAAUUUGAGUUAUACUCGUAGAGUGAAUACAAGUGUUGGUAGUAGCAGUAGAGAUUCUUCGGAAGAUGAUCGGAAACAAAGAAGGAACAAGCAACAGAAGAAAAAACCUUCUUCUAUUUUCUGCUGUUUGUUAUGCCUUCCAUUUAAAUGUAUUUAUCAGGGCUUGAGAGCAACUGCUAAAUUGGCUUGUUAUUCCUUUAUUGCUGGUAUUGCACUUGUAUUAAUUUUCCAAAUAUUGGUUUACUUUUCACUCUUUUCUACUGCUUCAAACAAAUAUUUUGGAGGAGAAACAAACAGUGAGAACACUCCUCACACUCUUUUUGAUAGAACUGCUCAUGUAAUUGGAACUGCUUUAGGAGCAACGUACUUCUCUGCAGAAUCUGGUUAUGCUGCUGCUAAAUGGACAAUGAAUACUGCAUCAUAUUGGCUUGGAAUCAUGUUGGAUUUUAUUGAAUAUUGGAGAGGGAAUAGACCUUCUUUAUUUACAAAAUAUAAUGAACAAUCUAAGGGAACUCAGGAAAACUAUCAUGACCACAGAUAUUAGAAUGUUAUAUUUAGAAUAUAUUUUUUAUGAUUAUUUACCAAAUUUGAUGAAUUGAUUUAAUUACGAAAAAUACUAUUAGUAAUUUGUGUUAUCUAACUCAUGGAAAUUUUACAAAUAUAUUCUAUUGUUGAAUCAUUGUUAUGUACUAUUUAAAUGACUUUUUUAUGGAUAACCAAUUUUCACAACAAAAUGACUAGACAACAAAUGCUAAACUCGAGUAAGCUUUCAAAGCUUGCUAUAUUAUUAUAUUUGAUUGUGACUAUUGUGUUUGCCAACCUUGUACACAGUGAUGAUAAAUCUGAAUUGAACAUGGCUUACACUGUAGAUCAGACGAAUUACAUUCCAACCUCAGUCUCGUAUUCUAAUUCUGCUAAUAACAAUGGUGCUUUAACCAAAUCAAGCACAACCACUUACUAUUCCUCUUCAACGUCUGGCUAUCCAUAUGGAGGCGGGGCAGUUCCUAUUGGUGCAGCACCAGUUGCACAACCUAUUUUACAACCUCAACAAGUGAUUGUUAAUCCACAACCAAUUCCACAACCUAUUCCUCAAACAUAUGCUCAACCAAUUCCUCAACCAUACCCACAACCUAUUCCACAAGGUGUUCCUAUAGCAGGAGGGGCAGUUCCACAACCAAUUCCUCAACCUAUUCCACAAGCUGCUCCGUAUGCUCAACCUCUUAUUACUCAACAACCUAUUCCUCAACCUCUUCCAUAUGCAGGAGGAGGUGUUCCAAUUGCAACAGGAGCCCCAUAUGCUCAACCUCUUCCAUAUGCAGGAGGUGGUGGUGUAAUUUAUGGAGGUGGAGGUGGUGUUGUAGGUGGAGGUGUUGUUGCUCAACCAAUUCCACAACAAGCUCCAAUUAUUUACUCUGGAGGUUGUAGUGUUUAUGGAGGUGUUGGAUGUGGAGGUACUAUUCCACAACCUAUUCCACAAGCUGUCCCUAUUGCUCAACCUUUACCCCAACCUGUUCCUCAACCAAUCUUGCAACCUAUUCCACAAACUUAUGCCCAACCUAUUCCACAACCUCUUCCAUAUGCAGGAGGAGGCAUUGUUUAUGGUGGAGGUGGCGUAGUUUACGGAGGUGGAGGUGGUGUCAUUGCUCAACCAAUUCCACAACCAGCUCCAAUUAUUUACUCUGGUGGCUGUGACGUUUAUGGAGGCGUUGGAUGUGGAGGUGGUGGUGUAGUUUAUGGAGGUGGAGGUGGCGUAAUUUAUGGAGGUGGAGGUGGAGGUGGUGUAAUUUAUGGAGGUGGAGCUGUACCUAUUCAACCAUUUACAGUUGACACUGUUGCACCUGUAUCCUUAGUGACAUAUCCUCAAACAGUGGUAGUGAGUCCACCUGUAACAGCAACACCUUGUACCACUGGUAAAUGCUCUUCUGUGGAUACCUACGUACCUAAUGUUAUAGUCCCAGCUUCAGCAGGUGUAGCAACACCUUGUACCACUGGCAAAUGUUCUUCUGUGGACACCUACGUACCUAAUGUUAUUGUCCCAGCUUCAGCAGGUGUAGUAAGCGUUCCCCUCAAGAGUAAUAAUGUUGUUGUUGGAUCUGGAUCUACAACUGCUUCUACUUGUUUAUUGACAGUAAGAGGAUUGACCACAUUAGCUCUUAGCCCAUCCUCAUCCAUCUGUUCUUCAGUUGUCAAUUGUAUAAUUACUUACAUUUCAGAUUAUGUGCAAUAUGCUAUCAAUGCCCUCAAUUACGACAGUAGCACUUCUCUCACUGUGAACUCUCAAGAUGAGAAUGUAGAUUUGUGGAAGGCUUUAGAGAAUAUUGCUGGAAGUAUUAGCGAAGAUGGAUAUGGACCUGCAACAACUACAGCUUCAGCAACAUCAGCUGCUUGCACCAAUGAUUUGGCUCCUGUUUUUGCCAGAACCUCUAAAGGUGGAGCAGUAUUUGUUAAUUCAUGCUGGGCAAGAAUGGCAAAGGCCUAUCCACCAUUUGUUCCAGUUACACUCAAACCUGGUUCUGUUUCUAGUGGAGGUCAAUUUGAUUGGCCAGAUGAUGUUCAAAAUCCAAACUAUGUUGUUGCCAAUUACUAUGUAUUGAGCGCUUUCAGAUUGACAAACUUUGCCUUGUACUACUUUAGACCUUGUAUGAGUGCAAGCACUUACACUGUUCUCUCUAAUGCCCUACAAUCUUUGAACGACAUUUCAGCCUUAAUAACUGCUGGCAAUGUUACAAGAGCAAACGCCUUAUUGAGUGAUUUACAAAAAAGUUUGAGCACAUUAUCUAGUGCAUAAGAGUGUCAUUAUAUCUAUAGAGUAGUUUCUUUAUCUUCACCUAAGAGUAGUGUGAUUGAGUAUCUUUAAAUUUUUGUGAAUUGUAAAUUCAAAUAAAAUUCAAACCAAAUUUAUU